CAAGUGAAUUCAAUCAUAAACAUGGCUACCUCCAAUUUCCAAAUCCAAAAAUCAUUCUCUCUUUUCCUAUCCAUUUCCUUUACUUUCUUCCUUUUGUUCCUUAACAAGGUGAACUCAGCGGAAUCCAUUUCCUUUUCCUUCACCAAGUUCAUCCCAAACCAAAAGAAUCUAAUCCUACAAGGUGAUGCAGUUGCUAAGCCAACAGGGAUAUUAGAACUCACAAAAGUUGAAUCUGGAAACCCAAUCUCAAACUCUCUUGGCCGUGCCCUAUAUGCUUCACCUAUCCGCCUUUACGACAACACCACCGGAAACCUUGCAAGUUUCACCACUUCCUUUUCAUUUGUCCUUGAUGCUCCAGACAGACUCAAAGCUGCAGACGGUCUCGCAUUUUUCCUUGCACCCGUGGAUACUCAGCCACAAAAAUCCGGUGGAUUUCUAGGACUUUUCAAGGACAAAACUUUCGACAAAUCAAACCAAAUUGUUGCAGUUGAAUUUGACACGUUUUUUAAUAAGGAAUGGGAUCCACAAGGUAGACAUAUUGGAAUUGAUAUAAACUCUAUCGAUUCAAUCAAAACUACUCCUUUUGCUUUGGCUAAUGGCCAGGAAGCCAAUGCGUUUAUAACCUAUGAGGCUUCCACUAAAACCUUAUCUGCUUCAUUGGUUUUUCCUUCCCGUCAAGCAAGUUAUAUAGUUUCUACUGAUGUUGAUUUGAGGCACAUUCUUCCUGAGUUUGUGAGGGUUGGUUUCUCGGCUUCCACCGGUCGUUCUGAAGGCUUUGUUGAGACGCAUAAUAUUCUUUCUUGGUCUUUUGAGUCCAAUUUGGAGAGCAACCUUGCCAACAAUGUGCUUCGUGAUUCUGCUUAAUCUUCAGCAUGUUUUGUUAUGCGUGAGGCAAAAAAUAAGACCUGCAACAAUGGUUAAUUGGUUCAACUACUCUUAAAAUGAUCACUAUAAAGUCCAUCUUGUAAUAGGAUUUAGUAGUGGCAUAUUAAUAAUGUUAUUUUUCAUCAAAUUGUUUAUGUGGAUUGAAUGUUGAGUUUUAAAUCUAAAUUUACAUCUGUUUCA